AUGGCACAGUCAGGGCCAAGCCAUGCUCUCAAGACCUCUCUUCCCGAGACAUACGCUGCUGUCAAUGCCCAGCAACCCCCACCUUCAUACCUAUACCCUACUCAAGAAGAGCAAGACAAAUACCUAGCAGGCAGGCCCGGCGCAACCCAGAAGCAUCUGGAAGUCGCCCUGGAACACGCGCAACAGAUUCAGACCCAGAAAGACGCCGAAGAUAUUAUCCUAAACCGCAUCCUGGAGCUCCUCGAACUCCCCUCUUCCCCGAAAGCCGACCCUGCCGCACCAUCCCAAGAAGAUACUAUAAAAUUCAAACACGCGCUAGCUCCAUUCCGCCCCAGCGACUACGACAAUCUAAUCCUGGAGCGAAACUUCGAAGACUCGUGCGGAUACACUCUAUGUCCUCGCAAGUAUCGCAAACAAGACAGAGGACCAGGAGGCGGGUUCCAAUUUAAAUACGGCCCCAAAGGAAGCGGGCCAGGGGGGCGCGGACGCAGCGUCGAUAUUGUUUCCGAGGACCGCGUCGAAAAGUGGUGCUCAGAUGCAUGCGCAGAGCGUGCUCUUUGGAUAAGAGUGCAGCUUUCUGAGAAGCCUGUGUGGGAACGACGGGCCGGGGAUACGCGGGGCACGAAUAUUCUACUGCUUGAGGAAGCUCGCGCCAAGCGCUUAAAGGCACCAGCGGCUACUAGCAGUGUAUCUUCCGUUGUGGAUGAUUUGCAGAACAUGGGACUUGGAAAUCGCGAUCGGUCCCAGGAGCUUGCGUUGGAACGCGGUGAUACCAGCAGAAUCCGUCCGGAUGGACGCGUUAACAUCGAUAUCAGAGAGAAUCAGCGUGGCUCUCAGGCUCCUGUAGCCCCACAAAUGCGCCCGGAGGAUGCAAAUGGCGGCUCCAUUGAAGGAUAUAUGCCCAGGGAGCAACUAAAAGUGGAUGAAGAUGGCGACACGGAUUUGCUCAAUCAACUCUGA